AGGGUGGCAACUUGGCAGGGUUAAUAAAUAAUUAAACACAAUCAAUGUACAGAGUGUUUGUUUGAAAACGUUUUUGUGACUCAAACAAGGAAUUGUAGCUGGAAGUAUGGAUAUAAGUGGAGGCAGAACGAUGACACAAAGGUCCCCAAUUUCAAGUUUUAUUAACGGUGAAGCGAACAGAUCCCUUGGUGGUGUUAAUGGAGUAAACCAAACUCUGAAUGGGACCAUAUCCAGCACACAAGAAGUUCCAAAUGAACGCCAAUCCAACACCUCUGGGCAGAAUUCUGAAACUGACAAAACGUACUUUUUUACUGGAACUGCAGAACGGGUUAUAGCUUGGAACCGGGUUCUUAAACAUAGGUGUUUUUAUGAAGUUAUAGCCACAUUGGUGUCUGUGCAAGAGAACCAAGACAGUCUACAUAGCAUUAUUCUUUUGAAAGACAAAAAGGGGCCAAUAUUGCAAGUUACUCAUUAUUUUGACCAUGAGAUGCCUGAGGAGCAAUUUAUUGUGGGGGAGACUUUGAGAUGUGUUGGAUACAUGACAGGAAUCACCACAAUGCUCGCCGUCAGCAUUCGAGCAGCCACCCCCGAAGAAACCGCCGUUUUAAAACGCUGUUGCUACAUCGGCGACUUCGCCAUUUCCGGCUUAGUAAACGCAGAAGACCGCUAGCCGCAAUACACCCAUGUAUAAAGAGUUGCCUAAACUCUCACUAUUCAACAAACCCAACUUUUUUGUAAUUUUUUCCACAAAUAAACGCCUUAUUGUACUUUUUUAAA